UGUGUCAGACUGAGCCAUGCUUGAGCAGUCAUGGACAGUUUGUGUUGGUGCGGGAUAUGGAGCGAAGGUCGUGUGCUGUGGCAGGGAGGAAUACAGAAAACAUAUUGAAAAAAAACAAAGCCACCAUUGUGAUUUGGUAGAGCGAGUUCAGCUUGAAUAAAGAAGUUUUUUUUUUUUAAUGAAUAAAUAUUAUUGAGGAUGCGGUACGGUGUGGGUAGAGCUCUCGGGGCGCUCGGUGCUGUGAGCCGGGGGGUCGGCAGGGUGUCCCGGGCCACCAGCUCCCGGGUUCUGCAGCGUGUCGAUGACACCGACACCGACACCACAGGCUGCAGGAGGUUCCGGUCCACUUCGACGGGUUACAACGAGCUCGCUCGGGAGAGAUCCAAGACAGUCACCUCGUUCUACAACCAGUCUGCUAUCGACAUCUCUGCAGAAAAGCCCUCCGUCCGUCUGACCCCUACCACCAUGCUGUACUCCGGGAAGUCUCCGGAUGGCAGUCAUGUGCUGAGCAGUGCCAAGUACCUGCACAUGGAGCUGCCUGUGCGCAUUGCUCACCGCAUCAAAGGGUUCCGCAACCUGCCUUUCAUCAUAGGCUGCAACCCCACCAUCCUGCAGGUGCAUGAGCUGUACAUCAGGGCUUACCACAUGCUGUCCGACUUCCCCCCGAUCACUGACCUGGAGGCAGAGGGGCGCUACUGCAAGCUAGUGCGGCAGCUCCUGGACGAUCACAAGGACGUGGUGACCAUGCUGGCUGAAGGGUUCAGGGAGAGCCGCAAGCACAUCCAGGAUGAAGCUCUGAUCAGGAAUUUUCUGGACACCACCCUGACAUCCCGCCUGGGAAUCCGGAUGCUGGCAACACACCACAUUGCUCUGCACGAAGAUAAUCCUGACUUCGUGGGGAUCAUCUGCACUCGCUUGUCCCCGAAGAAGAUCAUUGAGAAGUGGGUGGAUUUUGCUCGGCGCCUGUGUGAGCACCAGUACGGGAGCGCUCCCCGGGUUCGAAUCAACGGCCACGUGGCGGCUCGCUUCCCCUUCAUCCCCCUCCCGCUCGACUACAUCCUGCCAGAGCUGCUCAAGAACGCCAUGAGGGCAACGAUGGAGAGCCACCUUGACACUCCCCAUAAUGUACCAGAUCUGGUGGUGACCAUCGCCAACAACGACAUUGACUUUGUCAUCAGGAUCUCAGACCGCGGAGGUGGGAUCCCUCACAGCAUACUGGACAAGGUGCUGGAUUACCACUUCACCACAGCGGAGGAGAGCAACCAGGACCCCCGCAUGAGCAACUUGUUCGGGAUCAUAACCAACAAUGGCCCCCAGUCCGGACCCAUGCACGGGUUCGGUUUUGGCCUGCCCACCUCGGUGGCGUACGCAGAGUACCUGGGCGGCUCGCUCACCCUGCAGUCCAUGCAGGGGAUCGGGACAGACGUCUACCUGCGGCUGAGACACAUCGACGGCAAGGGGGAGAGCUUCCGCAUCUGAGCUGCCAGCGGGGAGCUCUAGAACCUGGGUCCUGAGCCAUCCUCUCACAGCACUGGAGGAGAAGAGAGGCACACUGGAGCACGGGGCAGAGCCUGGGGUGGAACCUCUGCUUUAUAACAGUGCCACGCUGCUUCAUUUCCAGAGGAUCUAUCAUACAGGCUCCUUACUCUUUUAAUACUGCUGUUCCUUCCAUCUUCCUCUUGUGAAUGUGUGUGUAGCCUUCAACAGAACUUGAACUGUACAUACAGUAAACACAGAAGCACACACAGGACUAGGAACAAGAAAUAAAGUUGCUCAUGUUAAUAAGAGUGAGUGGAUUGUAAAGCUAUGGGUUGGGUUGACAUGUCUUCAUUUGUUAUAGUCUGUGUUUGUGAAACAUAUCUAGAGGUUGAAGCAUAACUCAGUUUGUAUAUAUACAGUUAACCACCACUUCAUUAUACUGAUCAGAAAAAUAAAUGUACUGUACAUUUGUGUUACAUAAUGGAAGUGUAUUGCAUUUCAGUACCUUGAGGCAGCUUCACUCUUACAGCUAAAAUUAUGUUACAAACUAAACAGCUGGUCAAAGAGGCAGUUUCUUCUGUCUUUCUUAUACAGUAUAGUGCUUAUCCAGAAGGCUGGACUGUGGAAGACUGCAGGGAACAGACACCAUGGACUUUUACUUUAGUGCAGUGCAGUUUGAACUGUCUAUUUUUCUUGGACAACAGUGCCCUCUGCCUGUAUCAAUUGCCAGUUGCUGUUGUGCAGAACACUUGACUGAACUGAAUAGUGUUUGUAUCUGAGAAACUGCUGGGCUGUGAACAAAAUGCCCCCCUGCUGGCUAAACUUUGUAAAAGCAAGUUCUUGGAAUGGAAAAAGCAGUGUUUAUCAUUACAGGAAAAUACUCUAAUAACUUUUUAAUCAAUUUAGCAUUGAGCUGUUAAUUUUUUUGGUCUGUGGUUUGUGAUAUCAAAUGACAGCAGACAACUAACAAUUGAUUAAUAUUUUAACGCAGGUGGUAUUAAAUUAUAUUUUAUGGCCAAAUUAAUUAUUACGGCAUUUAUGUCCGUGAUUACCAAUAUAAUGUACUACCUGUAUAAAUGUGAUAUUUCAAAUGAAAACAAUUAUUUUGUGUGUGUGUCAGAUUUGGGUUUGGUUUUCUUAGAUGACUAAUGCAUUUUAUAGUUACUACUUGGGUAUUGAUUAAAACAAUCAAUUGGU